UCAUUCUCAGCAGAGCUUAGCCCAUUCUUCUGCCAAAACAUUUAUCAGAGCAAACCCCUCUCAAUUUCAUGGAACGUCCCUCCGGCGAUGCUGAACCAUGCCCCGUCUGUCAUGUGGUUGCGAUGCCUUUUCCAGGCCGAGGGCACAUCAAUCCCAUGAUGAACCUCUGCAAGUUACUCUCUUCAAAUCAACCUAACCUUCUCAUCAGCUUCGUCGUCACCGAAGAGUGGCUUGGCUAUAUCGGCUCCGAUACCAAGCCCGAUAACAUCCGCUUCAUCUCGAUCCCCGACGGCGUCAUCCCCCCAGAGCGUCUAAAGGCUGCCGACUUCCCCGGAUUCUACGAGGCCACGAUGACAAAGAUGGAAGCCCCCUUUGAGGAGCUCCUUGAUCGGCUUGAGCCACCGGUUGAUACCAUCUUGGGUGACGUUGAGCUACUGUGGGUGAUCGGUGUUGGAAAUCGGAGGAACAUCGCAGUGGCGUCGCUUUGGACCAUGCCGGCGACCUUUUUCUCAAUGUUACAUCAUUAUCAUGUUUUCGCACGAAACCGGCAAUUACCGGUUGAUUUUAGAGAACUUAAAGACGAGCAUGUGGACAUCCCCGGACUUUCUUCAACACAAGCAGCAGACCUUCAGACAGUCUUUCAUGAAAACGACCAACGAGUACUGCAGCUUGCCAUGGAAUGCAUCUCCAGGUUGCCGAAAGCACAGUAUCUUCUAUUUACUUCUGUCUACGAUCUUGAACACCAAGCCAUUGACUCUUUAAAUGCAGCAUUCAAUUUCCCUGUCUACCCCAUUGGCCCUGCCAUACCUUACUUAGAACUUGAAGAUAAAUCCUCCAUUACUAGCAGUCACAAUGACCCCAAGUAUUUACAGUGGCUAGAUUCCCAACCUGCUGGUUCAGUCUUGUACAUCUCAUUGGGAAGUUUCCUUUCGGUUUCAGGCGCCCAAAUGGAUGAAAUUGCUGCAGGGCUGCAUGAUAGUAAUGUUCGGUUCUUGUGGGUGGCUCGUGGAGAAGCUUCUCGGUUGAACGGGAGUUGUGGUGAUAAGGGGUUAGUAGUGCCAUGGUGUGACCAAAUGAAGGUGUUAUGCCAUUCUUCCAUUGGAGGUUUCUGGACACAUUGUGGGUGGAAUUCUACUCUAGAAGCUGUUUAUGCAGGCGUACCAAUGCUUACUUUCCCUCUGUUUUUAGAUCAAGUUCCGAAUAGUAGGCUAAUUGUAGAAGACUGGAAGAUUGGGUGGAGGGUAAAGAGAUCAGAGGUGGGAAGUGAAAUUCUGGUGACCAGAGAAGAAAUAUCAGAGCUUGUGCAAAGGUUUGUGAAUCCCGAAAGUGGAGAGGGGAAAGAAUUGAGGGCAAGAGCAAGAGAACUAAAAGAUAUUUGUCACAAAGCUAUUAUAGAGGGCGGAUCUUCUCAUACAAACCUUGACUCAUUUAUGAAGAGCAUUUCUCAAAGCCACGGCAAAUGAGCAGUUUCUCUAUCUUAUGCUUAGCUAUAAUAUUUAGACUCUGCCACACCAUUUGGAGUGAAGGGCGGUUUCUCUGCAUAUUGUUGUCCCUCUUUGUUUCCUAUCUCCGCUUUUUCUGGUUUCUCGCAUUGUAGAUGGAAUUCUACUCUA